AUGUGGAAACACCGUCCCCCAUCGCGAUCUGAUUCAAAGUCUGGCACCGUCGAUUCAGGCGAGCGUGGAUUCUUUGGCUGGUCGAAGAAGAAGACUCCGCUUUCUUUUGCGCGUCCGGAAUCCCCCGCUCGUUCGCCUUUACGGCCCUUUCGCUCGCUUUCUCGCGCGGAUCGUGCGGACUCCAGUUUUUCUAGCCACACUGCGGCUUCGCGGGCUCGCGCUCCUUCGGCUUUGACCGCUGAUUCCUAUUAUUCCGACGCACCCAGAUCGGCCGCUCAAUUCAGCGCUUAUUCCAACCGCAGUGUCUCCAGGACCUCAUCGCACGAGACCUUCAACACUCUUCCUGGGAGGCCAAUGGCAGGAUUGAUGGACGUCGACCGCAGUCGCUCGCGGAGAGAGCGCACUUUCGUUGGCAGCGAAUGUGCCGUCUGUGAAGAGCCGUUAGAACAUACCCUGCGCGGGGAGCGUGUGCUCCAAUUCUCGUGCGCUCAUGUCGCCCACGAAGCGUGUUUUUACGAAUACCUGCGCGAGAUCGAGGGUCAGUACUGCCCCACAUGUGAUGCGCCAUUGGGGCUUGACUCGACGCGAGGGGGAAACGUGCUAGAUAUUGGUAAGCAACUGUCCGAUCCACGUGCCGACGGGGCUGACGGAGCUAUAGAGAAACUGAGCAAUAUAGUGCGCUCCGUUAACAGUGAUGCGAUGACGCAGCGAAGCGGGCUGACGACUCCUACACCUUGGGACUCGGUCACUAGCCGACAGAACCCGCCAAGUGAGGUGGGGGGUCGGCCGUAUCCUACGAGUGACGUGGGAAGUCGGCCAUACCCUGCUAGUGAUGCAGGAAGUCGGCCGUAUAACCGCGAUAGUCGGGACACGUACAGCAACCGACGGGAUAGCAAAGACACCGGAAUGCAGCGUGAGCGGAUUGAGCGUCUGGCAUCAGUGUCUCGACAUCACUCCCGGAACGGUAGCGCGGCUGGGUCGUCUGGCGAAUAUCAUGAAGGCCGCCGUCACGACUACGAUCUCCAGGCUAUGGAAUCUGAUCUUAGCCCUCGCACUGCCCCCACGACGAAGAAUCCAAUCCCGGCCCCCAUUGUCACUAUCCGUAGUGAAUUCCCUACCAUCAGUCGAUCUCGUCAACAACAGUCGCUCACUUGCUUGAUCACGGUUGAAGUUCCGGAGGGCAAUUGGCGUCCAGACACCGAUGAUCUGCGGACUGGCUCGACGCAUUCGCUGCCCAAGGAUGAGCCCUAUCCGUCGCGGUUUCCGUCCGUGCCAGAGAAGCCCGCUCCUUUUGAGCCGCAGGAGAAUCUUGAUGAGAUUGCCGAAGAACUGAGGGCCAAAGUAGACAACUGGCAUGGCCUGGAAUUUCAACGGUUUGGCAAACUUCGCUUGCAUGGCCAUAUGCGAGUGGGCAAGGAUCGUGAAUCUUGGCAGGAUUUGGAAUGCUAUCUGUUUCACGAAAUGCUUAUUUGCGUGAAGGAGAGGCGCGUACCGGAACACCACUACGAUCCGCAGAUGGUGAAACCUCGACCACGCUGCACUCUUAAGGGCUCAAUUCUUAUCAGGAAGCACCUGAAAACCAUUGAAGACGUUGCUGGUAUGGGUACCUCUUCUGUCAUCAAACAUGAGCUAACGUCAUUAGAUGAGCCCGUUCUCACCUUGCACCUGUCGGUCAGCGAACUUCCGUGUUUCUAUCUUCGUUUCCCCAAUCGCAGUCAGCUAGAUAUCUGGCGCCGUGCUCUCCUGGAUAACACAGCCGAAUCUCUUCGAAGCCCUGAGCUUGACUUUGACCGCCACUCUGGAGUAGAAGAAGAUGAUUACCGUAAUGGCAACAUGAAACGGCAAGCAUCGUUGAACUCUUCUCAUGGUGCGGCGCGUUCGAACAACACGGCCAUCACAGACUACACGAACAUGGGGGUUGAAAGUGUGCUAUCGCCGUCGAUUCACAUUCCCGUUGACAUUGUUGUUGUGAUUCCGGUCUCGUCUUCGAUGCAGGGAUUGAAGAUUACCCUCCUUCGCGACUCUCUGAAAUUCCUUGUUCAGAAUCUUGGUCCACGUGAUCGCAUGGGAUUGGUGACAUUCGGCUCAAGUGGAGGAGGCGUGCCCCUAGUUGGGAUGACGACAAAGUCUUGGGGGGGAUGGUCCAAGAUUCUGAGCUCCAUCCGACCUGUUGGACAGAAGAGCUUGCGCGCGGAUGUGGUCGAGGGAGCCAACGUCGCCAUGGAUCUGCUGAUGCAGCGGAAGUCGUCGAACCCGGUGUCUAGUAUCCUUCUGAUUAGCGACUCGUCUACUUCGGACCCUGACAGCGUGGACUUUGUCGUUUCCAGGGCCGAAGCUGCCAAGGUGGGAAUUCACUCGUUUGGUCUAGGAUUGACGCAUAAGCCGGACACCAUGAUCGAGCUGUCGACGCGGACCAAGGGCUCGUACCUCUAUGUGAAGGAUUGGAUGAUGUUGCGGGAAUGCGUGGCUGGCUGCCUGGGAGCCAUUCAAACAACAUCGCAUCAGAACGUCAAGCUGAAGCUGCGACUCCCAGAAGGCUCCCCGGCCAAGUUCGUCAAGAUCAGCGGUGCGUUGCACACUACCAAGCGAGCUACCGGACGGGACGCCGAGGCUGCUCUUGGAGACUUGCGGUUUGGCGACAAGCGCGAUGUUCUCGUGCAGCUUGUCAUUCCACCCGACAACGCUACCCAUGAAACCCCACCGCAAGAUCCUUGGGAAAGUCUGGUAUCCGGGCUGGAAGCUCUAGGCGGCGGAUUAGACGGUGACGAUCAACGCGUCUUGAGUGUAGAGGAGGUGCCGCUAAUCCAGGCCGACCUGACUUACGGCGAUUUACUUCGUGAGGGUCAUCUCACACACUCACCACGACCGUCUCUUCUAGCAAUCACGAUGCUUCCACCGAGCCCUCGACACAAGGGUGGUAGACCGUCGACGCCUCCGAUUCCUCCUCAUCCGUCUAUAGUGCAACGCCGCAUGGAGCUGCUUACUUCAGACAUGUUGACGCGGGCUCUGACGCUUGUGUCGCGCUCACAGCACGAUCGGGCUCAACACCUACUGAACGAAACCCGAAGUAUUCUCAAAGGCCUAGGCAAGGGUAGCCUUCCGCCUCUUCCACCACCGGCCGCAAAAGGCUUGGCCGAGCCGGAGUCCCGUGGCGAAACGCCCACCUCAGACUCUCCCAAGUCCUCCUUCGCCAGCCACUCGUCGGCUGCCUCCGACACUGCCACCAUCACCCCAGUUGCGGCAGUAGACACUCAGACGAUGAUGGCCCUCGACGGCGACCUUCAAGCCGCUCUCGAGUGGAUCAAUCACCCGGCUGUCUUUGGCCGGGACUCGCGCAAGGCGGUGCUGCAAAGCAUCGGCGUGAUUUCCUCGCAGCGGGCAUACACCUUCCGCUCGCCCUCUGAAGAGCACUGGGCACAGCGCAUCUCGGGCGUGCGCCGUUUGAUCGAGCGUUCGAAAGAAUGGCGCGAAACUGGCGACGACGCAUUGACCGAAGAAUAGUUAUGACCUCUCUUUUCCCAUUUCCUUACCUUAUCCCUGUUUUUCCUUACUGGCUGGGCUAUCUUACCUUACAUUUUCUUCGUUUCGCCUCGUUUAUGAUACCACUUUGUUGUUCAAUUGUAUGUUCAUGUUCAACAGGGGCUGUGCGGCAUGAUACCACGGUUUACUUAUCUAUUUACCCACUUACUACUACUCUACCUACACUAAUCUCUUCUAUCCAUAUUACCUUUCUUUACCCAUCUCCUUUCAUUUAUUUAUCUAUUUAUUUAUUUUUUUCAUCUUUUUUUUUCACCUACUCUUGCUCUUGGAUCGUUUGUUAUAUACUGGAUAUUGGUUGGGAUGGAUUCUGGUCAUGACAUGAUUGAUGUACCAAUGGACUGUCCAAUGCUUCGCUCGGAUUGGGUUGGCUGUCUGCCUUGCUUGUAUUAGGUGUUGCAAUAGUUUGUAUAAGAAAAGAAUUCAU